AUGGCUUCGGUGAUUAGAAAGGCGAACAUCCAAGGUGAUAUUUGGCCUGGUUUGCCGAAGAGAUUCCAGUCAUUCCUCUUCUUUCGUAUUAAAAAGCCCGAUGAAUUCAAAUCACGCCUUCGGACCUUCGUUCCUCAAAUCACAACUGCCGAGGCCGCCUGUGACAUGAGGGCCAUCAUUGCGAAGGAAAAAGCACUCUCCCGGAAGGAAAGUCGGCCGGCGAAGCUCCAACCCUUGCCGGGAGUGAAUAUUUCCUUUGCUUCAACUGGCCUCGCAGCGCUGGGAAAGUUCACAUUCGACGAAGCUAGAGUCAAGAAAGAUAGGCAGCUCUCAACCAUCUUUAGGAAUAACCAGGUUCGUGGUGGCCUGUUUGGAAAAGGCAUGUAUGAUGACCUAGUGGGCGAGGGCUGGGACGACCCUCAAGAGCUUCGCGAGGCUUACAAGCCCUUUGGUGCUAAGAAAGAGCGCCUCAUUGAUGGCGUCAUCAUGGUUACAUCAAGUCUCAAGCCUGAUAUGAUUGAGAAAGUCAACCGUGUGAAGGAACAUUUCUUAAAGGAGCCGGGAGAUGACACAGACAACUAUGUUGUCAGCAAAGACCCUUCGAUUGAAUUCUUUUUCAACAGAGAGGGCCAAGCAAGGCUCGAAAAGGGCAAGGAACACUUUGGAUUUGCGGAUGGACUCAGUCAACCCCAGAUCAUUGGCCUCGACCCGGAACCAAAAGAUAAGGAGCCUAAGGCAGUGAAAUCAGGAAUGAUCUUUUGCGGCCACGAAGGCGACGAGAUGAACCAACCAAAAUGGGCGCUUGAUGGCAGUUUCCUUGUUUUCCGCGAUCUUGAACAACUUGUGCCAGAGUUUGAUAAAUUCAUCAAGGACAAUGCCCACAAGGCUCCAUUUACCAGAGACUCCCCCAAACCGGAAGAAAAGCUCGCGGCAUACCUUAUGGGAACUCCUGUUGAUCAGUCUCCUCACGACGAUAGCGUCGCAGAUCUUCACACAUCAAAUAAUUUCGAUUAUCGACCCAUUGACAAGCAUGACAGGUGUCCAUUUGCGGCCCAUACCCGCAAGAUGAGGCCGCGAGGAGAUCUUGAGGAUGACCAUGCGGUGAUCAUUCGGCGUGGAAUCUCGUACGGCGGGGAAGUCACACCGGCAGAGAAAGCUUGCCAGAAGUCGGACCCUAAUCACGAACGAGGACUGCUGUUUGUUUGCUACCAGAGCGAUAUUCGCAAUGGGUUCAACUUUCUUACCACCCGCUGGGCCAGCAACCACCACUUCCCAGAUCGCAAAGACAUGUUCGUUGGUGCUGAUGGCCCUGGUAUCGAUCCAAUCGUUGGGCAGAGACUUUCUCACCAUCCACCUCGUUCUAUCGGUCUUCCCGAUGGCAAUAAUCCUACCGAGGCACGUAUGGAACUCGACAGCUGGGUCAUCCAGAAGGGUGGCGAAUACUUUUUCACGCCUUCUAUUGAAGCGCUGAAGGGCUAUCUUACAGGUCCUCCAGACUAUCCUUCGGCACCUACAUCCAAGAUCUAA